AUGUGGCCCGCGGCUUCGCCGACGGCGCUCGCCACUGCAACGACCGUGGCCGUCUUCCUGACGGUGGUCGUCGGAAAGUUUGGACGGAUAAGUUCUACCCCCGUCCAACAACCAGGGAAAUUGCCGACGCUCAACCAUUUCAUAAAGCACUAUACGCCUGCGGAAUACGACCGGGACGGCUUGUUGGAACAGCACCGGAGGAUGCGCAGGGACGCCACCGUCGCUAGUAAUCAACGACUGCAAUCGCCGUUACGGCUCACCAUCGCCACGCCACACAGGACGUUCAAAAUGUUGCUGACGCCGGACGAGAAACUAUUCGCUGACGACGUGGUGUUCGAGGGCUCGGGAGAUCGGCCAAUACCGUUUGAUCCAGGCAAAGCUUACGUCGGCACAUUGGAAGACGAGGAGACAGUGACCGUGCGUGGCAUCGUGACAUCCGACGGGCUGUUCGACGGCACCAUCAGCACUGCCGCCGAGGAAUACUUUGUGGAACCUUCGUCGCGGUAUGGCGAUGGGUCGGUGCUACCGUACCACAGCGUCGUGUACCGUUUGUCGGACGUGGCCGGUCCGAAGUCGGCUGGUGGCGGUUGCAGGUCGGAGGCGCUGCGCGAACGCCGGUCGGCCGACAAGGGCCACGCCGACGCCGAAAGGCUGGUGAACCAGACGUAUGACACAGAGGGCGUGAUACUGGUACGGUCGCCAAACGGCACCAUCGUGAACCGGAGUAGGCAGUCGGCCACCAGCAAGACGUCCGUGCCGAAGCCCAACUGGUACGACCCGAACGACCAGCGCAAGAUACUGGUGGCCGUGGCCGGCGACGAGGCCAGCAGCAACCUGGUGGUGGAUGACAGCGGCACUUACGAUCCGUUCGAGAACCGCAAGAAGGGGCUGGGUGGGUUCGUCGACAACCGGAAGACCACGUGCAUGCUGUACCUCCAGGCCGACCACCUGUUCUACGAGAAGUACGGCAGGGAAGAGACGUGCAUCGAAGUCAUGACUAGACACGUGCAGAGGGUGAAUGCCAUUUACAGGAACACUGACUUUAAUCAAGACGGCAAACCAGACAAUAUAAGCUUCAUGAUUAAGAGGGUGAAAGUGCACUCUAACCCAGACCCUACCUACAAGUUCCUGGGGAAUUACGGAGUAGAGAAGUUUUUAGAAAUAUUUUCGGAGGAAGAUUACGAUGCCUUUUGUUUGGCUUACAUGUUCACGUACAGAGAUUUUGAAAUGGGUACUUUGGGUUUGGCGUGGACUGGGGAUUUGAAGAACGCCGGCGGUGUAUGCGAAAAAAACGGACAUUACAGGGGUAGUUUAAAAAGUUUGAACACCGGUAUAGUGACGCUAUUGAAUUACGGAAAACACGUACCUUCUGCAGUGUCUCACGUUACUCUGGCACACGAAAUUGGCCAUAACUUUGGUUCGCCGCACGACCCCGAGAUAUGUACACCCGGCGGUGACGACGGCAACUAUAUUAUGUUCGCUCGAGCGACUUCGGGCGACAAGAAAAAUAAUAAUAGGUUUUCGCCGUGUAGCUUGUCCGCUAUAAAUCCUGUACUAAAUGUCAAAGCCAGGAGUACUAGAGGAUGUUUCACCGAACCGCAAACAUCGAUUUGUGGUAACGGCGUCGUUGAACCUGGCGAAGAGUGCGAUUGCGGGUGGGAAGAGGACUGCAAAGACGCGUGUUGUUUCCCUCAAAGGAGAUACUCUCCGCCCGAAGAACCGCCUUGCAGAUUGACGGCAAAGAGUGUCUGUAGCCCUUCACAGGGACCUUGUUGCACGAACGAUUGCAAUUUGAAAAUAGGAGAACUUUGUCGCAAUGACAACGGUUGCCGCGAUGCUAGUUACUGCAAUGGCAUGACUCCUACCUGUCCUGCUUCUAUCAACAAGCCAAAUAAGACUGUAUGCAACGAAGAGUUUGUGUGUUACAUGGGAGAAUGUACUGGAUCUAUAUGUCUAGCAUAUGGACUCGAAUCCUGCCAAUGUUUACCCACCCCUCAGGACUCUCCCACAAAAGCGUGCGAGUUGUGUUGUAAACUACCCGGUGAAAACCAACCUUGUUUGUCAUCAUAUUCUUGGAAUAACGUGCCAUACGACAUACCAGAUAUGUAUUCUAAGCCAGGUACUCCUUGCAACGACUACAAUGGAUAUUGUGAUGUAUUUCAAAGAUGUAGAGAGGUUGAUCCAUCCGGACCUUUAGCAACGCUUCGAAAAUUGUUGUUAUCUGAAGAAAGUAUUGCCUCAUUUAAAAAAUGGGCUAUAGAUCAUUGGUACUAUUCUGGUCUAAUAGUGGCCUCUUUCCUGUUGAUGCUGGUUCUAAGUACGCGGUUGUUUGGAAAACGAUCGGAUCCAAAAUUAAAAUCGGUGACGAUCAUCCACAGUUCGACCACAGAAACUGUCCGGUUGCCAGCUGACGGUGACAAUCAAAACGUUACCGUUCAUCCCGCUGCCGUGCGUUCGAAACUCCCAUUAAAAAAACGCGUACGUGAAAAACGCAACGUAAACAACAACAACAGCCCCGCGAAAAAGAGUCGCAAGAACGUCGCAGCGGAGGAAGAGUCGACAACGGAGACGUCUUCGCCCAAAAAAGUCGGCCCGGGAGCCCAAAAGAAAGAACGGAAGACGAGGCGAAAGAAAUCAAAAGGCGUCAUCGACUACAGCGUCGCCCAGAACAAAGUGCUAGUUGCAAACAAGAAAACUCCCGAAGACGAUCCGCUUGGCAAGGUUCGUAAUUGGCUGUUGAACUCGCAUCACAUCGAGGCUCUCGGUGGCACGCUGAGAAAGUCAAAGUCUUCGCCAGCCGGUUUCGCGAACCCCCCUGAACCGCCCAGGCCGGUGGUCAAAGCUCAACCAAAAAACAAAGACAAUCAAGUUAGUUUGCAGGUAGUGUACAAGCCGCCGUUCAAGUUUAGCGUCAAGCUCAGCAAGUCCAAACCGGACCUGACGAAAGACAAGCGGCCGGACCGGACCAAGCAGCGCGCGGCCCUGUUGAUCCGGGCCAACCGGGCUCGCGGUGGCGGUGGCGGCGCCACCGGUGCUGCCAAGCAACAAGCGAAGAAGCAGCAAGCCAAUAACGGCAGUAGCAGCCGGGUCGCCCCGCAGGAGCCGAAGAACGCGUCGGCCGCGGCCACCGCGAGCAGACUGCAGCCACCGGAGCCCAUAUACGAGAACGCGGCCAUCGACUUGCUGCGCAUGUCGUCCACAGAACACGACGGCCACCAGCCGAUAUUCCCGGUGGCCGCGUCUCCGCCAAACAAACAGAGGAAGUCGUUCGCGGGCGUGGACGCGAAAACCGACGAGGCGCCCCGGUCCAAGCGGAACAGCGUGCCACAACAGUCUCUGCAGCAGCCGAGCACGUCGGGUAACAGCAACCUGAUGCGGUUCCCGUCCACCGAGAACAAGCAGCAGGCCAACAACAAUUGUCCCGCGCCCUCCAAUAACGCGAAUAGUAAAGACGAAAAAACGUGA